GAUGUGUGUCGCCGCUUAGGUGACGCUGGGAAGUGCUUGCAGCCGCCGCCGCUGCCUUUUGGUUGAAGCACUAUGGAGGGAGAGAGAAAGAACAACAAUAAACGGUGGUAUUUUACUCGAGAACAGCUGGAAAAUAGCCCAUCCCGUCGUUUUGGCCUGGACCCCGAUAAAGAACUUUCUUAUCGCCAGCAGGCGGCCAAUCUGCUCCAGGACAUGGGCCAACGUCUUAACGUCUCACAAUUGACCAUCAACACUGCUAUAGUGUACAUGCAUCGAUUCUACAUGAUUCAGUCCUUUACACAGUUCCAUCGAAAUUCUGUGGCUCCAGCAGCCUUAUUUUUAGCAGCCAAAGUAGAGGAGCAGCCCAAAAAACUGGAACACGUCAUCAAGGUAGCACAUGCUUGUCUCCAUCCACAGGAAUCACUUCCUGAUACUAGGAGUGAGGCUUACCUGCAACAAGUUCAAGAUCUGGUGAUAUUAGAAAGCAUAAUUCUGCAGACUUUAGGCUUUGAACUAACAAUUGAUCACCCACAUACACAUGUGGUAAAGUGCACUCAACUUGUUCGAGCAAGCAAGGACUUAGCACAGACUUCUUACUUCAUGGCAACCAACAGCCUGCAUUUGACCACAUUUAGCCUGCAGUACACACCUCCUGUGGUGGCCUGUGUCUGCAUUCAUCUGGCUUGCAAGUGGUCCAACUGGGAGAUCCCAGUCUCAACUGAUGGGAAGCACUGGUGGGAGUAUGUUGACGCCACUGUGACCUUGGAACUUUUAGAUGAACUGACACAUGAAUUUCUACAGAUUCUGGAGAAAACCCCCAACAGGCUCAAACGAAUUCGGAAUUGGAGGGCAUGCCAGGCUGCCAAGAAAACAAAAACGGAUGACCGAGGAGCAGAUGAAAACACUUCGGAGCAGACAAUCCUUAAUAUGAUUUCCCAGAGCUCUUCAGAUACAACUAUUGCAGGUUUAAUGAGUAUGUCAGCUUCUUCUACCACAAGUGCAGUGCCUUCCCUUCCAGCCACUGAAGAGUCAACCAGUAACUUAAGCAAUGUGGAGAUGUUGCCGAGUGAGCGUUGGCUGUCCUCCCACCCUCCUUUUAAGGUAGAACCUGCUCAGGGUCAUCGGACUAGUGAGAAUUUAGCACUUAUAGGAGUUGAUCAUUCCUUGCAACAGGAUGGUUCAAAUGCAUUUGUUUCCCAGAAGCAGACUAGUAAGAGUGUGCCAUCAGCUAAAGUAUCACUGAAAGAAUACCGUGCAAAGCAUGCAGAAGAGUUGGCUGCCCAGAAGAGGCAACUGGAGAACAUGGAGGCCAAUGUGAAGUCACAGUAUGCCUUCGCUGCCCAGAAUCUUCUGGCUCACCAUGAUAGCCAUUCUUCCCUCCUUCUGAAAAUGCCCACAGAGGGCUCAGAAAACCCUGAGCGGCCUUUUCUGGAAAAGACUGACAAAACAGCUCUCAAAAUGAGAAUCCCAAUGACAAGUGGAGAUAAAGCUGCCACUUCAAAACCAGAGGAGAUAAAAAUGCGCAUCAAAGUUCACACUGCCGCUGACAAGCACAAUUCUGUAGAUGACAGUGUCACAAAGAGCCGUGAGCACAAAGAAAAGCACAAGACUCACCCAUCUAAUCAUCAUCAUCAUCAUAAUCACCACUCACACAAACACUCUCACUCACAGCUUCCAGCUAGUACUGGGAACAAACGUCCAGGUGAUCCAAAACAUAGUAGCCAGACAAGCACCUUAGCACACAAACCCUAUAGCUUGUCUAGCUCUUUCUCCUCUUCCAGUUCUUCUCGUAAAAGGCCCUUCCCUGAAGAGACUGGAGGGGCAGUGUUUGAUCAUUCAGCUAAGACUGCCAAGAAUACUAAAUCCUCUUCCAUAAAUUUCUCCUUCCCUCCUCUUCCUGCAAUGGCCCAGUUGCCUGGGCAUAGCUCAGACACAAGUGGCCUUACUUUUUCACAGCCCAGCUGUAAAACUCGAGUUCCUCACAUGAAAUUGGAUAAAGGCUCCACUGGGGCCAAUGGUCACAAUGCAACCCAGACCAUAGACUAUCAAGAUACUGUGAAUAUGCUUCACUCCCUUCUCCAUGCCCAAGGCGUUCAGCCCACUCAGCCACCUGCGUUUGAGUAUGUUCAUUCUUAUGGAGAAUAUCUGAAUCCACGGGCUGGUGGAAUGUCCUCCAGACCUGGCAAUACAGACAAACCCCGGCUACCACCUCUACCAUCAGAACCUCCUCCACCACUUCCACCCCUUCCCAAGUAAAAAAGAAAAAGAGGAGAAAAAAACUUUAAAAACACAUCUUUUUUUUUUUUUUUUUUAAACUACUGAUUCUGGACUAAGAAAAUUACUUCCCUUAUGAAACAUGUCACCCUUGUUGGACUAGAAAUAAAUUUAUAUUGAGACAUGGGAA